AUGUUACCACCAUACGCACUUUUCCUAAUUCCCCUGGCAAACGCAUGGACCUUCCGCACCACCAACGCAACCGGUGCAACUGAAAUCGCCCGCGGCGAAGAGGAACAGCAAUGCACAAACUCCACCAUCGGUAAAGGAAAGCUGUUUACCUGGGAUCCUGAGGGAUCUGAUCUAUGUGUCUCGAUAUACCGCGACAUCGAGUGUGUUUCUAGAGCAGGAUACUCUUGUGGAAUCUGGAGGAAGAAUGCCAGUGAGCAGUUUUUGGCUUUCGAUGUCCUGCUCGAGAGCGAGAUUAACGCCAAACACAAAACCUCUACGGCUUUGAUAUCGACGUCUACAUCGGCAACAUCAUCCAAAUCCACAUCCACAUCCACAUCGCCAACGUCAUCGUCAUCUGUGGCUGCGGCAUCCGCGUCCGCAACCCCCACCGAGUCUAGCGCAGCCUCUGCCGUGAAUGCCAACAGCGAUCCCACUAGCCCAUCACUCUCCGGGGGUACUAUUGCAGGCAUUGUGGUCGGUGUGAUAGCUGCUGUUGCCAUCAUCGUCGCCUUCAUCGUCGUCUUCAUGCGAAAGAAGAACAACAAGAAUGCCGCAGCUGCUAACCAGGAUGGUGGUUUCGGGCCACAUGAGGUGGAUGCUACUGAAUCAUCGAUGGGCGGUACUACAGUUGCAGAAAAGGCAGGAAACUCAAUUGCGGAGAAAGAAGCAGAAUCGGUGCGCCGAUUCAGACCUGCGCCUGGAUCUCAGGUUGUAGAGUUGGUUGGUGACGAAGGGAGUGCCGAACUGGGUAGCAGCCCAAUCAGUGAGAUGGAUGGGACCAGCGCAAAGCGGCCGUUUAACGUGGUCUAA